CUGCUAUUUUGCAUUACACCACCCCCACCACCUAGAUUUCUCUCUCCAAUCUCCACCCAUUUUUUCCAUUUACUUUGAGUAUUAUAUUAUAAUCUUGAUGUCUUUUUCUUUGAAUUAUAUAAGAAAUUGGACAAAAGGCUCUUUCAGAGAGAUACAGAGUCUGGAUCAGCACGUAAGCUCUUGAUCUUAGAUCUCUGAAGCUUCAAACCGCAGUUCCCAAUCCACAAUCUCAUACCCCAAGCCUCGAGUGUUUUGGUCUUCAUUGUAUUUGUUUGUACCCAUAAAUCAAUCCAUUGAUCAUGUGGAGGUUCAAGCCUUUCAUGCACAAGGAGCCAACUGGGCUCGAAGGCCGCUCCAUUGACAUUGGAAAUCUCAAGAUUCAUGUCAAGAACGCCAUUGCGGAAGGUGGGUUCUCUUGCGUUUACUUAGCUCGGGACGUUGUGAAUGUGUCCAAGCAGUACGCUUUGAAGCACAUCAUAUGUAAUGAUGAGGAGAUGCUGGAGCUGGUGAUGAAGGAGAUCUCGGUCAUGAAGUUGCUUAGAGGACAUCCCAACGUGGUCACACUCCAUGCCCACACCGUCUUGGACAUGGGCCGCACAAAGGAGGCACUCCUUGUCAUGGAGUUUUGUGACAAGUCUUUGGUUAGUGUACUGGAGAGCAGAGGAGCUGGGUUCUUUGAUGAGAAACAGGCUCUUGCGAUCUUCAGAGAUGUGUGUAAUGCAGUUUUUGCAAUGCACUCUCAGUCCCCUCCCAUUGCUCAUAGGGACUUGAAAGCUGAGAAUCUUCUGUUGGGGUCUGAUGGAUUGUGGAAGUUGUGUGAUUUUGGAAGCAUCUCUACCAAUCACAAGCGCUUUGAGAGGCCUGAAGAAAUGGGUAUUGAAGAGGAUAAUAUCAGAAAGCACACUACACCUGCCUAUAGAGCCCCUGAGAUGUGGGACCUUUUUCGGAGAGAACUUAUAAAUGAGAAAGUAGACAUAUGGGCUCUUGGGUGCCUUCUCUUUCGCAUUUGCUACUUCAAAAGUGCAUUUGAUGGAGAAUCAAAGCUGCAGAUCUUAAAUGGAAACUAUCGCAUUCCAGAAUUACCUAAAUACAGCUCGUUUAUCACAGAUCUAAUCAGAGACAUGCUUCAGUCUUCACCAGAUGACCGACCAGACAUCACGCAGGUGUGGUUUCGUGUUAAUGAGCAGUUACCAGUUGGUUUGCAGAAGUCUUUACCGGAUAGGCAACCUGAAAUGAACUCUGCUGAAAAGCAUGAAGGUAUUUUAAGGUCAGCAAACAAGUCACCUGCAGGGCCCCGUAGAAGCCCACCACCACCACCAACUUCAGUUGGAGAAUCAGCUAGAAAUUCAACACAAUUUUCAAAUACGUCUAAGGCAGGGGGAAGUGGAGGACAGCUUGGUGCAUUCUGGUCCACUCAACAUGCAGAUAACUCACUUGUUGAAGAAAAUACUAUACCUAAGUUUGAUGAUGAGCCCGCUGGCCAUUACACUGCAAAACUUGAUGGCAUUCGUCUGGAAAUUCAUCCUAUACCCAAGAACAGUGCCCCUGCAAAAGAGGAAAAUGCACAAGUUCAUGCUACACGAAGAAACUCGCAUGGCAAAUCGCACAAGCCUGAAGAUGGACCUUCAAGGGACUUUGAAAUAAGUUUCUUCCCAAAGGAUACAGACCAUGGAACUGAAAGGCCAAAGGCAUCUAAAUCUCAGAGUGCAACUGGUUUGCAAGAUGAAGCAUUUAACUCUUUUGUUGCUGAGUUUGAUACUAAAAGACUCAGCAUGGGAGCUAGUAAUAACAAAUCUGGAAAAGAAGAAGCAUUGGAGGCUGAAGUAGAGAGAUUGAAAGAGCAGCUGAAGCAAGCCAAUUUGGAAAAGGGUGAAAUAACUUCCAAAUUUGAAAAGCUAUCUGCCAUCUGCCGAUCUCAGAGGCAGGAGUUACAGGAGCUUAAGCAGACGCUUGCUGCUAGAACACCAUCACCAAAUAAAGAUGCAUCAAGAAAUCAAACUUCACCUGGAAUUCUGCCAUCUGCAAAUCUGCUGCAGAGGGAGAAGAUUGAAGGAAGUUUUUGGGAUCAAGGAAAAUCUGACAGGAGUAUUCCGAGUCCAGAACCAAACCCAUGGCAGCCAUUUGUAGAGGAACCCAAAUCGCAGCAGCCUUCUUCAACAGAUAACACCAUGAAAUCUGUCAGGACAAGAAACGGUCACCAGAACAAGCAGAGCACUAAAGUAAAUAUUGGUUUUGACUCAUGGGGUUUUGGAGCAGAGAGUUUUACUGCUGUGCCCACUGGCAGCACACAGAUUUCAAGACCUAUGGGUGAAGGAAAUAAUUCUCCGCACUUUGGCGAGGCAAAGGUUAUGGAGAGCAAGCCAGCUUCUCAACCUGCUGGAUGGGCUGGUUUCUAAGUAAGGCCAUCUGUGGAAAUUCUAUAAGGAGGUAUUUGAUUAUGGCGCUGAUAUUGUUGUCGACAUUGGUGAGGAAAAUGAGAAUAUAAAUUGAGAUGCUUGGCUUUCAUUUGAAUUUGAUUUGUGCUUUUGAGUGCUCGUGUUUUAUAGGUUCUGUUCUGCCACUUGUGUGGUGGAACAUGUACACAUGUUUCUCUGGACUAAGUGGCAUACUGCAAAUGUAUACUUUUUUCUGCAUAUCUCAAUUCUUGGCUAAGAAAAUAAUCCCUCUAUUUUUA